AGUAAGCACCUCUUUAUAGGGUUAAUUUGCUCAACUUCUGAGCGAAGCAAGAUGUCUGUUUUUCUUGCAGAACAGAAAACUCCCAUAGAAAUCACUGUUCUUUUUGCUUUCAUAUUUCACAUCUAGUACCUGAAACUGUCGAUCAAUCAACACAACCAUACAAUAAUACAACUACUUUUGCAUAUGGCUCAGCAGGAAGAGGGUUGGCCCCUGGGUUUGCAUCCUGUGAAUGUCAGGGUCGCGUUGGCCAGAAACCUCCAUUAUUCAGGAUCAAUAUCUUUCAACACUACACUCACUGCUUCUCCAUCUUGCUCUACAGAUUCCUCAUCUGAUUUGGACACAGAGUCUACAGGGUCUUUCUUCCAUGACACAAGCAUUACACUUGGGAGCCUUAUAGGUGUUUCUAGCAUUUUAGAGCUCUCUAGGAGAUCAAUAAGAGGAAGAAAAGCAGAAUUAUCAAAGGAGAAAAAGGCCACUAAUACCACCAACAAAUCAAAAUUCUGGCUUUUCUCUCUAUGUUCAAGGGACAGUGCAGAUGCCGAGUGCAUGGAUAUGAACAACAACCCUCCAUCACUAGGCCACUUCCUUGCCGUGGAGAGAAGAGUUUCCAGUGAAUGCGGAAGGACCCAUGUCUCUAGUCCUACAAUUUUUGGACCUGAUGUGCUUGCCUUGGGCCAGCCAGAUACUGAACCCAACUCACUGUUUAUCAAUGGCUGUGUUGCUCCUCCUCAAUCAGCUUCCUGCCAUGCUGCAGAUUCAGACAGCAGAAUGAACAACACAACAGGGUUGAAGAAAGUUCUUGUUCUGUUUCCGUGCAUGUGUGCACAGCCCUCCCAUUAGGCAUCCUGCAUAUGCUUAAAUGUUUCAUCUUUUUUAUUCUCAAAUUUCUGAUUGAAUUUCUUGUUCUAGGAUUAGAUUUCUUUCUUCUGUAAACUCUCUCUCAGAAAUGAAUAUCCCUUAAUGUAAAUUAUUGAGUUCUUUCUUUAGAGAGUUUUUAUCAGUUUAUCCGAGUAUGAGGAGCCAUAUAACAUUAAAAUGCUAUCCCUUCA